AUCCAGACCGAGACUCAGACAGCAAUGCCUUUCCACCAAUUCUACACUCCCAAGGGACUCUACUCCGACGCCGAGAAAGCGGCUCUUGCCAAGGAUAUCACGGCGCUCUACGCAGCCCCGCCGAUUUCUCUCCCGGAGUUCUACGUCGUGGUGGCUUUCAUCGAGCUCGAGCAGGGCAACUUUUUCGUCGGCGCCGAGACCAAACGCGCCGACAACAUGGUCCGCAUUCAAGUCGAGCAUGUGGCGCGCACGUUCCCCGUUGGAGAAGCCGGAGUCGCGAGCAAGCGUGAUUUCAUGGCGAGGUACGAGGGAACGCUCAAGCGCUAUACGGCCGGGCGCGGUGUCGACUGGGAGAUCGGGAUCCAAGACUCCGAUCCCCAACUGUGGCACCUCAACGGCAUGGCUCCUCCCCCACCUGAGAGCGAGCAAGAGAAACUCUGGAAGAAAGAGAACAAGGCGGUCCCUUACGUAGCGUAG